AUGGCAGGGUUUAUUCAUAGAUGGUUUCUUUCCGAGAGACCUAUUAAUAGUAAAGUUUCAGAAUUGGAGACAAGUUGGGAUCCUCGUGUCUCUUUAAUUAAAUUACAAAAUUAUAAAUUAACUACAAAGGAUAUAUGUCAUUAUGGAUUUUUAUCAAGUGUUUUACUCUUUGUAUUUAUUUCGUUUCCAGCACCAUGGAUUUUAAAAUUUUUAGUUUAUGCAUUAUUUGGUUUAUUAUUUAUGAUUCCAAUUACUUCACAAUUUUUUUUCAAUGCUUUACCAAUUUUCACAUGGUUAGCAUUAUAUUUUAAUUCAUCAUUCUUUCCUGCAAGUAAUAGACCUCCUAUUACUGUUAAAGUUUUACCAGCUAUUGAAACUAUAUUAUAUGGUGAUAAUUUAAGUGAUAUCUUAGCUACUUCAACAAAUUCAUUUUAUGAUAUCUUAGCAUGGAUUCCUUAUGGUUUAUUUCAUUUUGGUGCACCAUUUGUUGUUGCUGCAAUUUUAUUCAUAUUUGGACCUCCAACAAUUUUGCAAGGUUAUGCUUUUGCAUUUGGUUAUAUGAAUUUAUUUGGUGUUAUUAUGCAAAAUAUAUUCCCUGCUGCUCCACCUUGGUAUAAAAUUAUGUAUGGUUUAAAUUCAGCAAAUUAUGGCAUGCAUGGAUCACCAGGUGGUUUAGCUAGAAUUGAUAAAUUAUUAAACAUUAAUAUUUAUACAAAAGGGUUUUCAAAUUCAAGUGUCAUUUUUGGUGCAUUCCCAUCAUUACAUUCAGGUUGUGCUACCAUGGAAGCUUUAUUCUUUUCAUAUUGUUUCCCAUUCUUAAGACCUUUAUUUAUUGGUUAUGUUUGUUGGUUAUGGUGGUCUACAAUGUAUUUAACCCAUCAUUAUUUUGUUGAUUUAAUGGCAGGUUCUGUUUUAUCGUAUGUGAUAUUCAUGUAUACCAAAUAUACUCAUUUACCAUUAGUUGAUACAGAUUUAUUCUGUAGAUGGUCAUAUGGUUCGAUUGACAAAUUUAAUAUGGCAAAGAAUAAUCCAUUAAAUAAUGAUCCAAGUGAUGUAGAGAACGUUCCAUUGAACAUGAUGGCUACAAGUUCAACUAUUGGAUCUGAAUUGGAUGAUGAUGAUGAAGAUGCAGGAAAUUCACGUAGUUUAAGUCCCACAUUAUUUGAUUUAUCAAAUUCUUCAGCAACUUCUAAUACGUCAUUAGAUUUACAAGGAGAAGCUACACCUAGAUCAGUGAAACCAAGAUUUGAUUAA